CCUCGCCACCGAGUCCACCCUCAACUUGCUGAAAUGGGAAGGAGGCGGUGUUUUGCUGAUCUGUUAAAUUCUUAGUGAAGUUUCCUUGAUUUCCAGUGGCUGCUGUUGUUUGAGUUUGGUUUGGAGCAAAACUGAGGUUGUCCUGACAUUUCUGGGACUGAAUCCAGACAAGAGGAAGAAGAAAAAGAAAGCAGAAGGAAAAGAGGAGAAGAAAGGUGGGGAGAAAUAAAAGGAGAGAAGCAGCGUAGGAAAAGAAAAAGAAUCCCCUUUCAACAUCACAUUCCUGUGUUUUCCCUAAGCCUGGAAAACAUAUUAAUUCCAGUGCUUUUACUCUCUGAAACAAAGGGACUAAGCCUGACUGUGGCGGAAAGGGUGAUAAGAAGGAUCCUGGAACUCUUAAAGAAAGAGCGAGAUUCAGAAAUAGCUGGGACUCCACUUUAAGGGACGUCCUGACGGUGCAACUGACGGGCAUACACAGACUGGCAAAACCAAGCAGAAACUACAGACAAAUGGAGAUGCAAAGACUCAAAAGGACAGCUCCUUUCACCUCUUCCUACUUGUUGAGAAGGUAAAAAGAGCAAGAAAGAAAAGAAGAAAGCCAGCUCAGCUCUCAGAACAGGACUGCCUGGGGAUCUGUGGUUCUACUUUGAAAGCUGGAGCUGCAGCAAACUCCCUUUGUAUUACUCACCCUCGGAAAGGAGAAAGGCUUGGGAGGAAAAGUAUUUCAUCUAAGAAACUGUCCUGGGACCAAACUUCAUAUUGCUUUUUAAAUCCUCUGCACGCCAUCUCUAUGAGCCAUAAUUCUGACCCUGCUGCCUCCCAAAGUGGAUUACAAAAUGAUGUGGAGAAUGGGACCCAGUUUCAUCAUGCUGUUGGCAGUGUGGCUGGUGUGUGGGUCAGAACCCCAUCCCCAGGCCACCCAUAGACGCAGCCACCGAGGUCCGAAAGUGCCUCUGGUUUCCCAAGUCAGCAGUAGGCCAGCUCAGCUUCUGAGGCACAAGGGAAAGUCUCAGGGAAUUGAGAGAUCCAGCCCGCUAAAAGCAAACCAUCAGUACCUCCAAAGAAGGAGGAAUGUGCCGGUGUUGAAACUCGCUCACGCCACGGCACCGCCAGCCCCCAUGGGCAUCAACCGGGCCCUGGUGAAGUCUAGGCAGAGACUGACGGGCAAGAGCUCUCCCCGCGAGAUGGUGCGAGACGAGGGGUCCUGGGCUCGAUCUCGAAUGCUGCGUUUCCCCUCUGGGUCCAGCUCUCCCAACAUCCUUGCCAGCUUUGCAGGGAAGAACAGGCUGUGGGUCAUCUCGGCGCCUCACGCCUCGGAAGGCUACUACCGCCUCAUGAUGAGCCUCCUGAAGGACGACGUGUACUGUGAGCUGGCGGAAAGACACAUCCAUCAGAUGGUGCUGUUCCACCAGGCCGGCGAGGAAGGAGGCAAGGUGCGAAGGAUCACCAGCGAAGGCCGGGUCCUGGAGGAGCCCCUGGACCCCACUCUCAUUCCCAAGCUGAUGAGCUUCUUGAAGCUGGAGAAGGGGAAGUUUGGCAUGGUGCUCCUGAAGAAGACGCUGCAGGUGGAGGAGCGCUACCCCUACCCGGUCAGGCUGGAGGCGAUGUAUGAGCUCAUCGACCAGGGCCCCAUCCGCAAGAUAGAGAAGAUCCGGCAGAAGGGUUUUGUCCAAAAAUGUAAGGCCUCCGGUGUAGAGGGACAGGUAGUGGUGGAAGGGAACAACGGUGGUGGAGGAGCAGGGAGGUCAAGCCCGGGCAAUGAGAAGAGGAAAGAGGACUCUAGGAGAGCACAAGUCCCACCAACCAGGGAGAGCCGGGUGAAGGUGGUGAGGAAACUGUCCAGCACGACAGCGGCUCCUCCCCCACCUCCCCCUACCCCAAGGGCCACCACCCUUCCUCCUGCGUCUGCCACAGUAGUGACUCGGGCCGCUUUUCGGGUGGUAACUAUAGCUGCAAGACCUACAACCACCACCACCUUUCCGGCCACCCAGAGGCCCUGGACCACGCGGACGCACGUCUCCACUGAUGCCCAAAGGCCCCCCACCGCAGCUGAGGGGACCACUGCUAGGGGGCCCUCGGCCUCGGAGAAACUUUACCCUCCACCCAGGAAGGAGCAGCACAAAGAGAGGCCACAGACCACCAAGAGGCCCAGCAAGGCCACCAGCUUUGAGAGCUUCACAGCUGCCCCUCCCACCACCAUGUCAGAGCGCAGCGCAGGGGCCAACCCAGGCCGUUUCUGGGACAACCGCACGGACAGACGGGAACAUGGCCACCGGGACCCAGAUGUGGUGCCAGGUCCUCAUAAGCUGGCGAAGGGAAAACCUCCCAAAAAGAAAACACAGGACAAACUUCUUAGCAACGAGUAUGAGGAUAAGUAUGACCUCAGCCAGCCUACUGCCUCUCAGCUGGAGGAGGAGCUGCAGGUGGGAAAUGUUCCGCCUAAGAAAGCCAAGGAGUCUAAAAAGCAUGAGAAGUCUGAGAAACCUGAGAAGAAGAAAAAAAUGAAGACUGAGAAAACAGACAAGCUCCUAAAGAGUGAGAAACAAGUGAAAAAGGACAAAGCUGAGAAAAAGAGCAGGCAGGAGAAAGAGAAGAGCAAGAAGAAAAAAGCAGGUAAAACAGAGCAGGAUGGCUAUCUGAAACCCACCACAAAACAUUUCACUCAGAGUCCCAAGAAGUCAGUGACUGACCUGCUGGGGUCCUUUGAAGGCAAACGAAGGCUCCUCCUGAUCACGGCUCCUAAGACUGAGAACAACAUGUAUGUGCAGCAGAGAGAUGAAUAUCUAGAAAGUUUCUGCAAAAUGGCCACCAGGAAAAUCUCCGUGAUCACCAUCUUCGGCCCUGUCAACAACAGCACCAUGAAAAUCGACCACUUCCAGCUAGAUAAUGAAAAACCCAUGCGAGUGGUGGAUGAUGACGACUUGGUAGACCAGCAUCUCAUCAGUGAGCUGAGGAAAGAGUUUGGAAUGACCUACAAUGACUUCUUCAUGGUACUGACGGACGUGGACCUGAGAGUAAAGCAAUACUAUGAGGUGCCUAUAGCAAUGAAGUCUGUGUUCGAUUUGAUCGAUACUUUCCAGUCCCGAAUCAAAGACAUGGAGAAGCAGAAGAGGGAGGGCAUUGUCUGCAAGGAGGAUAAGAAGCAGUCACUGGAGAACUUCCUAUCCAGGUUCCGAUGGAGGAGGCGGUUGCUGGUGAUCUCUGCUCCUAAUGAUGAAGACUGGGCCUAUUCACAGCAGCUCUCUGCCCUCAGUGGUCAGGCAUGCAAUUUUGGUCUGCGCCACAUAACCAUUCUGAAGCUUUUAGGCGUUGGAGAAGAAAUUGGGGGAGUUUUAGAAUUGUUCCCAAUUAAUGGGAGUUCUGUUGUUGAGCGAGAAGAUGUACCUGCCCAUUUGGUGAAAGACAUACGUAACUAUUUCCAAGUAAGCCCCGAGUACUUCUCCAUGCUUCUGGUUGGAAAAGAUGGGAAUGUCAAAUCCUGGUAUCCUUCCCCAAUGUGGUCCAUGGUGAUCGUGUAUGAUUUAAUUGAUUCGAUGCAACUGCGGAGACAAGAAAUGGCCAUUCAGCAGUCACUGGGGAUGCGCUGCCCUGAAGAUGAGUAUGCAGGCUACGGUUACCAUAGUUACCACCAAGGAUACCAGGAUGGUUACCAGGAUGACUACCGUCAUCAUGAGAGUUACCACCACGGAUACCCCUACUGA